ACUCAGCGCCGUGCGCCUCGGACACGGACCGGUCACUUCUCUGCGCGCCCACACCGGCUGCCACAUGAACAGCCCUCCGCUCCAUCUCUGCACUGCUCCGAGCUGCGCGUCUGUCUCACGGGCUCUCCACGGUUGGACAGAUUACAUGCUACAGGGGAAGCUGUGGCUUGGGAGAUAAAGCGGGUCAUCCACUGUUUGAAGGUGCCUUCGGUGGCCUCCCACUGUGAACUUGGCACUUCCCACUCUGAAGCCCACGGGGGGGGGUCCGAAGCAACCCUUUUGAAGGCCCCGAUUGUGAAGUUGGUCAGCGGGCAGGCUGACAGAGAUGAAGACGUGUGCCAUGUUUGUGGCAGCUCUGCUGCUCCCCAGCAUCCAAGCAGUGUGUCCAGAUAAGGAGCCAGGGCUGCAGCCGUGGAUGCCGGGACACAGCAAAGAUCACCGUGUGACAAUCGGCUAUGGCAGGAAGGUCCUCCUCACAACGUCAGCUACGGUCCACUCUAUUGAGAUUCUCAAUGGAGGAAAGUUGGUGAUUGCUGACACCAACCGGCCCAUUCUGCUUCGAACCAAACACAUUCUGAUUGGGAACAAGGGGGAGCUGCACAUCGGCAGCCCCGACUGUCCUUAUAGAGGCAACCUCACCAUCUCCCUAUUCGGAAGAUUGGAUGACAGUGAUGAGGAGCACAGCUACUUUGGGAGAAAGUACAUUGGCGUGGGGACCAGAGGGACUCUCGAGAUUCAUGGGAAAAAGAAGCUGUCGUGGACGUUCCUCAACAAGACCCUCCACCCAGGAGAGAGCAACCAAAACAACUACUUGUUUCAGAGAAGCUGGGGGAACCGAGGCAUCAUUGUCCACGUCAUCGAUCCCAAGACCGGUGAGGUGUUGCAUGACGACAGGUUUGACACUUACCGCAGCAAGGACGAGAGCCGUCGCCUUGCAAAGUACGUGGACGGCGUGGAGGCGGGGCUCAUACUGGCCGUGAUGGUCAAUGACGAGGGCUCCAACAACUUGGAGGACACGGCCAAGAAGAACCUCUCCAGGCUGGGCAGUCAGCUUAUCAGCACUCUGGGAUUCCGACAUCCCUGGACUUUUAUAGUGACGAAAGGUGACACUUCUUCUGUUGUGGAGGAUCACGCUGUCUAUCAAGGGACCAAGGCCUCCUCAGAGGCCCGGAGCUCUCACGUCUUCCGGUCCAGUUUCGGGGAGCACUUCACCAUCACUGCCAGCAGCCAGUGGGUACAAGAGGCAGAGUGGACGGAAUGGUUCGACAGGGAUGAUGAGAGGGGAUCUGGAGACUGGGAGAAAUUGGCUGACCUGCAUGAGGCCUAUCCAGACCGACUGUGUGGCAGUCCGCUGGACAUCCAGGCUGAAACCCACGACGGCAUGCAGUCCAACCUGACAGGAGAUGUGAUCCACAAGAUCGACAAGGACUACGGUUUUGUGUGCCUCAACAAGGACCAGGCUCACGGCCUCUGUCGCAACUACAAGGUCCGCUUCCUCUGCGGCAAACUGGUGCGCCCACAAGCCUCCAUUUCCAUCGACAUGUUGUCCAACAGCAGCAUCCUGGAGCUUGCUGACCAACCAGAGGGAUGGGGCUCAGGGGACCGGGUGGUGGUGGCCAGCACGGACUACUCCAUGCACCAGGCUGAAGAGUUCACCCUGUUGCCCUGCCCGACUUGCGCAUCCAACCAGGUCAAGGUCCGAGGCAAGGCUCAGUUCAUCCACAUGGGUGAGGAGGUGGACGGGGUGGAUGUGAGGGCAGAGGUGGGCCUGUUGAGUCGUAACAUCCUGAUCCGAGGCGAGAUGGAGCCUGGCUGCUACGGCAACGAGGCCUGCAAUUUCUUCGUCUUCGACACUUUCGGUGGACAUUUGAAGGUGGAGCGGGGCUUCAGGGCAGUUCAUAUAUCUGGGAUGGAGCUGCAGCACAUGGGCCAGCAGACAAUGGGACACUACCCGGUCCAUUUCCAUAUGAAUGGAGACGUGGACGAGAGAGGAGGCUACUACCCCCCCACCUACGUCAGAGAUCUGUCCAUCCACCACUCGUUCUCCCGCUGUGUGACCAUCCACGGCUCCAAUGGACUACUGGUAAAGGAUGUGGUGGGCUAUGAUGCGCUCGGCCACUGUUACUUCACGGAGGAUGGUGCGGAGGAGAGGAACACGUUUGACCACUGUCUGGGUCUGAUGGUGCGAGCGGGGACCCUGCUGCCUUCAGAUAGAGACAGCAAAAUGUGUCGCGACAUAACUGACGGGGCGUACCCGGGAUAUGUGGCCAACCCACGGCAGGACUGCAGCGCCACUUCAACUUUCUGGAUCGCCAACCCCAAUAACAACCUCAUCAACUGUGCCGCUGCAGGCUCAGAGGAAACAGGCUUCUGGUUCAUCUUCCACCAUGUGCCCACCGGCCCCUCAGAGGGACUGUACUCCCCCGGACGCACUGAACACACUCCCAUGGGCCAGUUCAUCAACAACAGAGCACAUUCCAACUACAGGGCUGGGAUGAUCCUCGAUAAUGGAGUAAAGACCACCCAGGCUAAUGACAAGGACAAGAGACCCUUUCUGUCUCUGAUUGGAGCCAGGUACGGCCCCCACCAGGACGCUGACCCCUUCAAACCAAGAGUCCCCGCUCUCAUCCACCACUUCGUGGCCUACAAGAACCAGGACCACGGAGCCUGGCUGAGGGGAGGGGACGUCUGGCUGGACGACUGCCAAUUUGCCGAUAAUGGCAUUGGCCUCACUCUGGCAAGUGGCGGGACGUUUCCGGACGAUGACGGCUCUCGUCAGGAGGUGAAGAACUCGCUGUUUGUGGGCGAAAGUGACAAUCGUGGGAUGCGGCUCCCUGACAAUCCGACCUGGGGCCCCGGCGGCUCGGACCUGACCGGCAGGACCCUGCCGCGUGGCGUGGAUUUUCCUAUCCGGGGUAUGCAGAUCUAUGACGGGCCCAUCAACGUUCAGAACUGUACAUUCAGGAAAUACACAGCGCUUUCCGGACGGCACACCAGCGCCUUUGGCUUCAGGCUCAACAACUCGUGGCAGAGCUGCCCCAAUAAUAACGUCACGGACAUCACCUUUGACCAUGUACCUAUCACGUCCCGAGUGUUUUUUGGAGAACCAGGUCCCUGGUUUAAUAAGAUGCAGAUGGACGGGGACAAGACAACGGUCUUCCACGAUAUUGAUGGCUCCGUCAGCGAGUAUCCCGGAGCCUUCCUGGUCAAGGAGGACAACUGGCUGCUCCGUCACCCUGACUGCAUUGACGUGCCGGACUGGAAGGCGGCCAUCUGCAGUGGUCACUAUGCACAGAUAUAUGUGCAGACACGGAACCCCGCCAACCUGAACAUGCACAUGGUGAGGGACGAGUAUCCCGAUCGGCCCUUGACUCUAGAGGGCGCUCUUGGAAAGAGGAAACACUACCAGCAGUUCCAGCCGGUGAUCACGCUGGCCAAAGGCUACACCGUACACUGGGACCAGGCUGCGCCCGCCGAGGUCACCAUCUGGCUCAUCAACUUCAACAAAAAUGACUGGAUCAACGUUGGCCUCUGCUACCCACAAAGCACCAACUUCACCAUUGUCUCUGAUAUCCACAACCGCCUGACCAAACAGACCCGCAAGACUGGCGUCUUCAUGAGGACGACACAGAGGGAGAAGAUCAACCACUCCCACCUGACCAGAGGAUACUACUACUGGGAGGAAGACACUGGCCUGCUGUUUCUGAAGGUAAAGGCCCAUAAUGACAGGGAGCAGUUUGCCUUCUGCUCUGUCAAGGGCUGCGAGAGGGUGAAGAUCACGGCCAUCGUCCCUAAAGGCAGCCCACCCAGCAACUGCAUGGCCCAGGCCUACCCCAGGCAUGCCGAGCUGCCCGUUGUGGAUGUACCCAUGCCCAGAAAGAUACCCAACGCCAGACUGCAUUCACCUGAACACUUCUUAGAGGUCAAACUGGAGUCCUACAACACUCGCUUCUUCCACAUCAAAGAGGACUUUGCCUUCACUGAGGUGAACGGUAGGAAGUUGUACCAAGCAGAGGACGGGGUGCAGCUGACUGUAAUUGAUGGGCAUGAUGGGAAGUUGGUGGAGAGCAAAGGCUUCAGGAACUCCAUCCUACAGGGCAUCCCGGCACAGAUCGACAACUAUAUCAGCGGACUGAGGGACGGCUCUAUCGUUCUCAUGACAUCCAAGGGUCGCCUGGUUACCAGAGGAUCCUGGACUAAAGCCCUGGAGAAACUUGGAGCCGCCAAAGGCAUCAAAGUGAAAGAUAAGUUGGCAUUUGUGGGAUUCAAGGGCGCCUUCCACCCUGACUGGGUCCAUCUGGAGGUGGACGCUGACCGGGCCAAGAUCCAUCAGGUCCUGCCUGUUCCUGUGGUGCACAAGAUGAAACUAUGAGUGGCAUGGCGAGAGAGCACAGAGACUAAGUAGCCCCCCAAAAUACUGAUACACAUGUCCCCCAAAACAUACACAUGCACCGACACACACUUACACAUAAACACAAACAUGCACACUGCCAGCACUGAAGAAUCAGCUGCUCCAAACCAGUGCACCAGGAUCAAGUGGUGUUUUUUCUUUGGGUUAGGCUGUCAGAAAUGAAAAGAUAUGCCCUUGUGUGUUGAAAAGGGGAAGACCUUUUCCCCAGAGCCAGCACUGCCUAUGAUGAACUGUAUCUGUGUAAGACACCCACCGAAACUUUAAAACGACAACACGCCCUGCGGCAACCAUAUUGGAGGUCUUCAACUCUUUAGCAACAAUGGCUCAGAACAACCAAAGGUGUUUUUUUUGGGUUGUCUCCACAGACAUUAAUAGAUAUAACUGACAUUGGUUUUGUUUCUUACUGGACGUUGUCAUAAAUGUCCAUCACUACCAUUGUUGUUAUGUUUACAUAAUGUUAACUAGACAGCUAAAGUAACCUUGGGAUUUGGCCGCCUGCCCAUAACCGUUUCGUGCACCAGCUAACAUGGAAAUGAACCUAGUUUCACAUUAACACUAACAUUGGCCCGCUCCAUUAAUAAUUCAGUCCGCCUGUUAGCGCUCUGAAGAACCCAGCGCCCUUAAUUGACUCAUCUCAAGCAACAUCUAGUAGAGCUUUAGCAUAGAAUCCUCUAACAGACUUUGCUAGUGGUUCACCCCAGCACCCUGACACCUCACAGCACAGGUUAGUCUCCCCUUGAAUGCCUUUGUGGUCUUGGACUUAUUUAGAUACAAAAAAAGUGACGGAAUUGUGUAAACAUUGAAAAAAGAGUUCUUGAGUAAAGCUUCAAACCAUGCCAUGCCUUUCGAAACUCCACAUUGGUAAAUCACUGGUUUGAACGAGUGUGAUUGAUAUUUUGGGAAAGUUCCAAAAAUUGUCACAUGUUUCGAGCUGUUUGACACAGUGGUGCAAAUUGGAUAUCACUUCUCCAGCUGUGAGCAACCAGGGAGUCUGAACCUUUGUAACGUCUGGUUUUCCCUUUGACCCAGCAAGGAAGGAAGCAGGAGGGAAUGUUCAUCUACUUAGGGCAAUGGCCCUGGUGCAAAUAAUUGGGUCAGGUUAAAGACUUAAUUAAUCUAAUAAUUCUGCGAAAGUGCAAAAGAAUGGCAUUCUUCAUAGUUAUCCUGAGAAGGGUUUUAUCCAUUUAUCCGCACUGCAUGCUGUCAGCACGAAUACUGUCAGGAUUGUGCACCACGGUACUCUCCAAGGUGCUGGAUUGCUAGCUAGUUGCUCAACAUGCAAGCUGGUCCAAGGCAUACAGGAGACCAGGUCCUGGCGGGCCAUGUGUGCAAUGACCAGUCGUUGAUCAUGACAAUCCUCCCCUGGCAUCACCACCACACAACCCAAACACAUAGUAGUCCACUGGGCUUACCAAUUUUUAUGCACAACAUAAUUUGUAAAGGAAACUGUGCUUGCAGUGGUAUUAUUCUUCCUGACAUGCAAGUGGACAGUGGAGGCAUUCCAGUCACCUGGUCCUUUGCCGUCUGUGUUUGUUUUCCCUUUGGACUUACCCGUGAACUACAGCUGUGGGGGUUUGAUGGCACUGCCGCCAAUACCAACAGGCCACACUCUUACCACGGUGGUGUAGCACUAAGCUGGGAAGCACGCCCAUCGCUUCCAGCAACAAGGUUAAACGACAAAACAAAAUAAAAACCGCCAUGUCUUGUGAGGCCGCUGGUGGGUCAGAGGCCCAUUAAGCGUGUGCAUUAAGGUGCUAGUUGGUGUGGAGUCAUUUGUAAACGUUGUCUGACCAUAUCUACACAAAAAGUGUUAGUAGCUGUUCUGAAUGGCCUCUUUAAGGGAGCAUCACGGAGAGGUACAAUAAUUCUUUGGAAUUAAUGGCGUUGCAUGUGUAUUUUCACAUGUGUAUGUACACACAUGAUGAAGAUAGUUAUCUGUGGAAGGAAAAAGACAGCUUGACAAACCCACUUUCCCACCUUCACACACCUGGUCAAGCACUGUGGCAACCUUGCAAGACGUGGGGGCAGGAGGUUUCAGACACAGAUUGACAAGAACUUAAUUCGAAGGGCACUGGUGCCUGUGAAGCCUGCUUCAUGUCUCCCCCGCCCUGAUGGCAGCAAUGCAGCCGCAUCACCAGUUCAGAGUACAGAAUUUAAGACAACUUCUUUUCUCUCCAAUGGGUGUUCCAUCUGUAGGGUGACAUAAGGGAGCCAUGGGUUUAGGUGCUAAAUGAGACCUGGAUGUCUUUGAAUUCUCAAGUCACAAGAAAUCUUGAGUGAGUUGUGCAAACAUUCCAUCUGUCCUUUUCUGGCAAGGAUCACGUUAGACCCCGAUUCCCAUCUCUCCGGCCACAUCCUUCAACACGUCUGGUUACCCUGAUGCCUUCCCAGGCCAGAUGGGAUUUGUGCCGCAUGUCCUGCAUCUGUUCUAGUGUCUCCUCCAUGUUGGACAUGCCUAAACUACCUCUAGAUCACAUGCCCGUACCAGGUCAGCAGACAAAGCAACAUCACCUGGAAGAGAGAAAGCAGUGUGCAGGAGGAGCUUGUUGAUGAGCACCCGGGCCUGUUGGGCAUGGUUUGGCUAGGCAUGAUAAGGCAAUCAAUUAUGUAGGCUAACCACCCGGAGGGGAGGCCCAGUGUUCAGUGCAUUGCCAGCUGGAAACCAGCUGUAUGUCUUGGUCUACAACCCACCCCAACUCUGCCAUGCACAAAGCACAUGCUCCCUCCACUUUGUGAGGUUGAUUGAGGCCCUUCGGCUCAGAUCCCCGGUGAGAUAAAACUGUUGAGGUUUGUUGUCCAACCGGUAGCGAAGGAGGCCCUAAACACCUACUGAUGACCGUAAUGGAAAUAUUGAUGAAGUUGAUGCAGAAUGGGGGAGAUGGAGGCCGUGGAUGUCUUACGCAGAUGUAUUUAUUCGUAAGCUCGAUAUGUUGAGUGGAUUUCUGGCUUGUUACACAGAUCAUAGAAUGCUCAGUGUAUCGGCAUCCAAAAGCCUCCCCUGUCCUAGUCUUAGCAAUGUAUUUAAACCUCUCUGAAUCACGAGUGGCUCCUCGUCUAUCUCCAUAGAAACGCUUUGUCCCUCUGUCUGAAUACAAUCUACACCACAGGGCAUCCUAACCAAGCAACAUGUGCUUCUGGCUCCAUAAGGUGACCUUAGAUCUGUGAUGUACAUGUUUGUAAACUAAAGAGAGAUUAGAUACAAAAAUAUGUUGUCCUUUGAGGGGAUGAUGUGUCAUGGAUAAAUUAUUGAAAAAGUAUACCAGGGCCAGGGGGCUUCAAAUCCAGCAUCUCUGUAUGAAGUGGGAUUCAUUUUUGAUAUAUUACAACAAUAUUUCUUGUUAGAAAGUCAAUCAAAUUGCAACAAAGAAAUGCAAGGGACAACAAAGAUAUGCAAGAAUGACUACAAACAACUUAGUUCCGGUUGGCCUAUAAAAUGUUACUGAGACACAAAGCUGAUACUGAAGGACUACAGACAGAUGGUUUGUAUCUUUUCCUUCUGGGUGUCUUUUGCCUGUGUAGGAGGAGUGGGAGGCCUUUUGCAUGGCUUUUACAUACCCAGGGGCUUCAUUAUCUGUCUACAGUCAGGGUAAAGAAUUUCAGUUAGAGCCUUCUUGAGCUGAAAAGUUCCUUCUUUCCAUUAAAUAGAAAAUCUGUUUGACGAAAUGUUUAGCUGACUAGCCUUCCUGAGAGGGAUCAGUCCAGUCAGGUCUGGUCCAAAGUUCAUUUCCCACCAGUCUAAACAAACUGGCAAAUGCACCAGAGAUCAUUUGAACUAUAAGCCUUCCCCGACUCAUUUCUAUUUUUCACUACUUCCUGCGUACAAAACAUAAAUUGCUCUUACAAAGAAGUGUGUGUGAUCGCAGGUUGUAGGGUUGGCCAGUUCACUGUUUCACAACAACCCGAGUUAUUAGAUUAUUCACUUUUACAUUACUAUCUAUAUCUUACUAACCACCGGCCAAUUCUCCAAAGGACCUCCAAAAUGUCAUCCAAGGUUGCGAGGCAAUUUUAUGAUGCGAAGGAAAAGCUAAAUGAAUUUGAGGGAGCAAAUACAAAGACGGUGUGAGCCAGCUGAUCAAAAACAUGUAUGACAUACAUGCAUCCUUGAGCAUCUUUCCACUGCAGGAUUCUGUGACAUGUGACAUAUGUAGAAGUUGAGUGACUUUACCCUCCUGGUUUUAUUUGUCUAAUCUGUUUAAAGAGAGAAAAAAGAAGAAGAAAAAAACUAACAUUCCUUGUUUUACAUCCAGACCAGUGGUUGUUGACUUGCUCUGUUUCAUUCCAAGCACCCGCUCACUUGAUAUUGUGAUGUGUUUUUUUUGGGAGGGGGGGAUUUCACAUCAGUGUUUGUGCCCAUUCGUCUGUGAUUUUUGGAUUAAAUCAGCAAGAGGCCCGUAACAAUAUAACAAUGAAAACAAAAAAAAAGAUGAAUUAUCCAGCAAAAUGUUAAAUCAGGCAGUGUUUAAACGUGCAAUCUCCCCAUUUCAAAAUAAAAUGAAAAUAUUUGUUCCAAUCUGGCGAGAAAAAAGGAUUUCCCCUCCCCUCUGCCGAAAUAGCUGGUCUUUUUUCGGAGGUUGUUGCAGUAAUAUAGUGUUUUGUAUGUUUAAUGUGUUUUUAAAAAUCCACAACUUGCUAAGAGAUAUAUUUUAUACUUAUUUAUUGUACAGACACAGUUGAUCCAAAUUUACAAGGGACAUCUUUUGAGUUGUAAUGUUAUUACUGUCCUGUAUGUAUACUGUAUGUCAGAAGCACAGCUCCAUUUAAAAAAUAUAUAUAUAUCCCAGACACUCAGCGCAUUCAUGCAUAUGAUCAUAUGGUAUAGUUGGCUUGUUUUAACUGUACACCAAAUGGAUGUGUUGUAUAUGUGGCUUGGGCUUGUAAAGUGAUGAAACUCCAUGACUUUAAAUUCCUUUGAUGACUUUUGUACAGAAAUAAAUGAUGAUGAACAGAU